UCCGACCCUGUUCCUGGAGAGAUGCCCUCCUGGAGGUGUUCACUCCGACCCUGUUCCUGGAGAGAUGCCCUCCUGGAGGUGUUCACUCCGACCCUGUUCCUGGAGAGAUGCCCUCCUGGAGGUGUUCACUCCGACCCUGUUCCUGGAGAGAUGCCCUCCUGGAGGUGUUCACUCCGACCCUGUUCCUGGAGAGAUGCCCUCCUGGAGGUGUACACUCCGACCCUGUUCCUGGAGAGAUGCCCUCCUGGAGGUGUACACUCCGACCCUGUUCCUGGAGAGAUGCCCUCCUGGAGGUGUACACUCCGACCCUGUUCCUGGAGAGAUGCCCUCCUGGAGGUGUACACUCCGACCCUGUUCCUGGAGAGAUGCCCUCCUGGAGGUGUACACUCCGACCCUGUUCCUGGAGAGAUGCCCUCCUGGAGGUGUACACUCCGACCCUGUUCCUGGAGAGAUGGAGGUGUUCACUCCGACCCUGUUCCUGGAGAGAUGGAGGUGUUCACUCCGACCCUGUUCCUGGAGAGAUGGAGGUGUUCACUCCGACCCUGUUCCUGGAGAGAUGGAGGUGUUCACUCCGACCCUGUUCCUGGAGAGAUGGAGGUGUUCACUCCGACCCUGUUCCUGGAGAGAUGGAGGUGUUCACUCCGACCCUGUUCCUGGAGAGAUGGAGGUGUUCACUCCGACCCUGUUCCUGGAGAGAUGGAGGUGUUCACUCCGACCCUGUUCCUGGAGAGAUGGAGGUGUUCACUCCGACCCUGUUCCUGGAGAGAUGGAGGUGUUCACUCCGACCCUGUUCCUGGAGAGAUGGAGGUGUUCACUCCGACCCUGUUCCUGGAGAGAUGGAGGUGUUCACUCCGACCCUGUUCCUGGAGAGAUGGAGGUGUUCACUCCGACCCUGUUCCUGGAGAGAUGGAGGUGUUCACUCCGACCCUGUUCCUGGAGAGAUGGAGGUGUUCACUCCGACCCUGUUCCUGGAGAGAUGGAGGUGUUCACUCCGACCCUGUUCCUGGAGAGAUGGAGGUGUUCACUCCGACCCUGUUCCUGGAGAGAUGGAGGUGUUCACUCCGACCCUGUUCCUGGAGAGAUGGAGGUGUUCACUCCGACCCUGUUCCUGGAGAGAUGGAGGUGUUCACUCCGACCCUGUUCCUGGAGAGAUGGAGGUGUUCACUCCGACCCUGUUCCUGGAGAGAUGGAGGUGUUCACUCCGACCCUGUUCCUGGAGAGAUACCCUCCUGGAGGUGUUCACUCCGACCCUGUUCCUGGAGAGAUACCCUCCUGGAGGUGUUCACUCCGACCCUGUUCCUGGAGAGAUGGAGGUGUUCACUCCGACCCUGUUCCUGGAGAGAUACCCUCCUGGAGGUGUUCACUCCGACCCUGUUCCUGGAGAGAUACCCUCCUGGAGGUGUUCACUCCGACCCUGUUCCUGGAGAGAUACCCUCCUGGAGGUGUUCACUCCGACCCUAAUCUAGUGCACCUGAUUCUAAUAAUUAGCUGGUUGAUCAGCUUCGUUACAACUUGGAGUGAACCUCCAGGAGGGUAUCUCUCCAGGAACAGGGUUGGAGAGUCCUGCUCUAGGCUCAGUCCAACAGUGACCAGAAACCCACUGUGCAGGUGCACCAUAAUAUACAAGUUAACA